GCAAAGCGAGCGAGCGAGCAUCCAUUCCAAACCAAAUCCAUGGCGGAAGUGCGCGUGCUGGAGCGGAUCCGCGUGGUGCCGGCGCCGCCGACCCCCUCCGCCGCGGAACUCCCCAUCACCUUCUUCGACGCCGCCUGGCUCUUCACCGGCCCCGUCGAGCGCCUCUUCUUCUACCGCCACCCCGACCCGCGCUCCGCCCUCCCGCUCCUCGCCUCCUCCCUCCCGCACGCGCUCCGCCGCUUCUUCCCUCUCGCCGGCACCCUCAGCCUCGCCGCAGGCCACCGCUUCGCCUACGCCCACGGCGACGCGCUCGCCCUCGUCCUCGCCGAGUCUUCCCCGGACGAGGACGACUUCGACCGACUCGUCGCCACCGGGCCCCGGGACCUGCGCAAGAUGCGCGCUCUCGUGCCGGGCCUGCCCCCGCCGCGGGAGGACGGGGCGUUCGAGGUCGCGGCCGUGCAGGCCACCGUGUUCCCCGGCCGUGGCCUCUGCCUCGGCGUGUCCGUGCACCACGCCGCCUGCGACGACGCCUCCGCCACGCUCUUCGUCCGGACCUGGGCCGCCGCGUGCCGCCUCGGCGGCCUCGAUGGUGCUGACGUGCCGCCCGCGCCGGUGCUCGACCGCUCCCUAGUCGCCGACCCCGACGACCUGCUCGGCAAGACGCUCGCCGGGAUGAGGGUGCUCGCGUCCGGCCCACCCCCGCCGCCGCCGCCGCCUGCGCAGGAAACGGAGAUGCCGGCACCGGUGAUCGCGUCCUUCCCGCUGACGCGCGACCAGAUCGACGGGAUCAAGGACGCGGCGUCAGAACCUGCAGGAACGCGGCCGCGCCCGUCGUCGUUCGUGGCGGCGUCGGCGCUGGCGUGGGUGUGCCUCCUGAGGAGCCGUGCCGUGGGCGUGGACGGCGCGGCGCGCAGCCACAUGCUGUUCUCCGCCGAGUGCCGGUCGAGGCUGUCGCCGCCGCUCCCCGCCGAGUACUUGGGCAACUGCCUGCGCCCAUGCUUCGUGGAGGCCGCCACGUCGGAACUCACGAACGGCGACGGCGGCGUGGCGGCUGCGGCGGCGGCCAUCGGUUCGGCGAUCAGGGAGAUGGAGCGUGGCGUGCUGGAUGGCGCGGAGGGGUGGCUGGGGAAGGUGCUGUCGGUGCUGCCGGAGCGGCCCAUGUCGGUGGGCGGGUCGCCGAGGCACGGCGUGUACGAGGGCACAGACUUCGGGUGGGGCAGGCCGUGCCGGGUGGAGAUGGUGUCCAUCGAGAAGACGCCCGGGACGGUGUCGCUUGCGGAGGGCCCCGACGGCGAGGGCGGCGUCGAGGUCGGGGUCGUGCUCCCGCCGGACGCCAUGGAAGCCUUCGCUUCUUGCUUCCGCGACAUGGUCCGCCUCAGCGGCAAGAGCGUCUGAAUGCUGGCAUCGUGUUGCUGCUGUGAUUAUGUAUGGCCAAACUGUGUGUGAAUUGUGAUGUCGACCUCCGUGGACGCGGGCUUGCUUUCGCCGCCCUUUCGUCGUCAAACUCGUCUGAAUUUUCGUUUUGAGAGCAACUGUUUCUCUGUUCAUCCGUCUUGUCAGUCACUUACCAACAUUUUCGUUUUGUUAGCUCAAAUCCAAUAUUGUCUGAAAUUUGGUAUAAAUAAAUAACAUCUGUGAU